AUGAAUUAGAUAAGCAACUUUAUUUGUUUUCUCUCUUGUCUCAUUCACAUUUACUGUUGGGAUAACAAUCUAAUUAUUGAGAAUGAUAAGCGGCAAUAUCUAUAUUUUUUGGAAAAUGAAAGAUAUUAUCUUAAUGAUGUUAACAUUGCUAUUCCAUUCACUAAUAUGGAGGAUUUAUAAGAAAAACUUAAUGAGCCAUCCUCCUUGCAAUUACUAUAACAAUAACAAGAGCUCAAUUUAAUUUUUAAUGAUGAGGAUGCAAUUCUACUUCCUUUUAUAAGACAAUCAGAAAAUUAUAUCGACAUCUGUUAUUUAUAACAUUAAAUAAUAGAUUGCAAAUUUAGAAUCAAUAAUACUUUGUACAAUGAAGAAUUAAUUGUAAAUCAAAUUUAAUCAAACUAACUUUUUAUUCCUUCAAAUUCAUGUUAGAAUGCUUUUCUUCUUUAAGAUGACUUAUUCCUCAUUCAAUGUCAUAAUCCUAUCAACCAAUUUUAAUAUUUUAUGCUCAAUAAUUACAGUGAAGUUGUAGAUGAAAUCACAUUUGAUCUACCCAAAAAUUGCAGAUUUGACUCUAAAUUUCAAUUCAAUAGAAUAUUCAUUAACUCUUUGUAGUGUGAAGUAUCAAUUGUUUUAGUAGUGGAUAUGAUAUAUUUAGAUGAAAAGUUGCAAUUCAACAAGAAUUAUACAAAACUACAUGAAUUGGCUAACUUUCCAAAUCAAGGUAAUUUGAUUGAUCUAAAAAUUUGUUAAUCCAAUAUUAUAUUAUUAGGUUUUAUUAAUAUGUUGAGUACUUAUAAUUUUUAGGAUCAAUCAUUUAAAAGUUUGAAAUGGCAAUAUAAAACAUGGUUUCCAUAUUUAUAAUCCUGCUUUCCUUUACUAAUUCGAGGAACAUUAUAACCAUAGUCAAAAGUUGAUUAUUAUUAUAACCCUGCCUUAUGCAAAAUGCUUGAAUCAGAACCUUAGAUUAAAAGUAUAGAAGUUUCAGAUGAAUUUUGUAUUUACUUAUACGAAAAGCAAGCAAUUAUAACGUAUGAUUAUUUUUUUUAAUAAACGAUUCAGAAUGUAAAGCAAAUUUUUAAAUUAAGCACACUCCCUUUUCUUGUCAUUCUUAACAAAAACAAUAAUAUUGCGUUUUAUAAAAUUACAUGCUUUAAAUAAUAUAUCGAAUAUACUCACUUCCCUUUUAUUGCAAUAUUUAUGAAAGGUGUGUUUUAUCACAUGAAUGAAUAAAUAUUCACUUACUAUGAAGCUUAAGAAUAUUCCAUAAAGUAUCCGUUGGAUGUUCUAAUAAAUAGCGGAGUCGAAAUCUGGCAUAGUAAAAUUAUCAAUAACAACUUUAAAAUUGAUAUUAAUUAAAUUUAAUUGUCUAUUCCUUUUUAUUUAGAUUUAGAAUUUGAUGAAGAUAGAAAUCAUUUUGAAUUUUAAAAUGAAUGCAUCUUCACUUAUCACUUAAUGUUACCAAUCAAAUAGAUUUUAAGAGUUGUUUCAUUUGAGAUGAAUUGCUUGUUGAUAAUUUAUGAAGAUUGGAAUUAGAAAAUUAUGGCCAACCUAAAAAAGGGUGACUUUAACAAAAAUUUUCAACUCAUAGCAAAAACCUAAGAAUUUUAAGUUGAGGUGAAUAAAAUGAAUUCUGAUUUCAUAAUAAUCUUGAUUGGUAGUAAAUUACUAAUGAAAUUUAGGAUUUUUAAUUACAAGAAUUUGGAAUAGAUUCAGUAUUAUAAACCUAAAACCAAAAUAAUACAAUAUAUAAAGGAGGUAAAAGCAGUAAUAUGUCUUCUCGCUGAUAAUACGAUCUAUACAUAUGAGUUUGAUAAUUUUGUUGACUAUUCCUUAACAAAGAAUAAAGAAUUUCGAGACUAUUGGGCUAAGAAUCACUAAGAAAAAUACACUGAUUUUAGAGCUCCACAUUUAUAUAUUAAUUAUGAAGAUUCUAUAAUCCACAUGAAAUCAAUAAAACCUUAUCAUCAUGAUUAUGUAUUAUCAGUAGAUGGCUAGAUUAUUUCAUCAAAUGUAUUUGUAACUUAGAAAAGAAUUUUACUCAUAGUAAAAAAAGAGAAUUAAACAUAAUUACUACUCUAUUUCUUUGAUCUAGAUAACAUCAUCCUUCUUUAUGAAAUACCAACAUUUGAAUUUUAAGUCGUGUUCCCUAUUCAAAUGAAAUAAUAUGGUUAACUAUUUUGCAUUACUACAAUGAAGAAUGAGUAGGAAUACCUAUUUAUUUAUGAUAUCACUUAAUAAGGAAGAUAUUGUUUAAGAUAUAUUAGUAAAAAAUUACCUAAUGUAAUAAAUUUUGAAUUGGUUGAUGAAACAGGAAUAUUAUUAUAAAUUCUGACUGACAAAAUUGUGUUCACUUAUUCAACUAUUAGCUUCAAUAUCAAAUAUUAGAAUGCUUCAUUUUCUGCUAUAAUAAAUACUUAAAUUAAAUUUCAGGCUAAGUCUUACAUUUAAUCAAUACCAUCGAGCUUUAUUAUCUAUUUGCACAUAUUUAAUAAAGAUACCGUUUUGAAAUAUAAACCUGAGGCUAAAUCUAAGAAAUUGCUGCUUAGUAGUCAGAAUUAAAUUACUAAUUUAGAAUCUAUUUUUGGUGGAAUCGACAAUUUGCAACUUAGCGGUGCUUGCUAAGGAUCAUUGAAAGAACCAAUUCAAGUAGUAUCUAAUAUUUAGUUGAAAUGUUAGUAUAUUAGUUAAAGAUUUUGCAUGAUCUCUAAAUCCUUAUUAAUUUAUGAUUACCUUGGCUUAAAUCAAACCGUUUCAUUAUCCAUAGAAAAAAUAUUCCUAAAUAACUUGAUAAUAUCUAAUUAUAAUACAAAAAUCUUCAUUUAUAAUUUUCGACUAGGAACAAUGAGUUUUUUAGAUUCAUAUGAAAAUUAAGAAAGUGAAGAAGAAACCAUUGGCAAUUCCCCAUUUCAAGGAUUGCUUGAUACAUAAUUUGAUCAUUAUAUUAAAUCAAUUAACUUGAUAGACGAUUAUCUUAUUACUGAAAGAGAGUAAUACUUUUAAAUUCAUAAAACGAAAGAAAAUGAAAGUAAUUUACAAUGUUCAAUAUAUUCUGAAGGUAUGAAGCAAAUUGAAUAUUUAUACAAAAUUGAUUCUUAGUUCAUAUUACUAAUAUUAGAAAUCAAUUCUAAAAUUUGUCUUUCAUCUUGUUCGGAUAAUACAAAUGAACUUAAAUCAAGUAAUGAAUUCAAGCCAGAUUUUUAAAUAGUGUCCUUUAAAAUAUUAAAUUCCAUCAUUUAAAAUUAAGAAAUUUAAAUUACUAUUGCCUUGUUUUGCCCUCAAGAUAUGGCGUACAUUUAUGAAUUUAUUUAUGAUUUUAAUUUAUUGACUCUUUUGAAAUAUUCAAAUCAUCAAUAUCUAAAAUAUUCUAAUAUAAUUUUUGAAAACUUUUUGAAAGUUAGUGAUACCAUUUAUGUUAUGAAGGGAAACUCUUAAAAUUAAACUUCAUCAUACUAUUUAUAUUAGAUUAAUAUAAGUUAACCUGUUGAAUUAAUUGAUUAUGUUUAUAAAUAUGAAAAAGAUGGGGAGAUCUAAGUUUAUAACGAAACCCAUUUCAUAUAAAUUCAAAGAGACAAAGAAGAUAAAGAUUAUGCUAAUAUAUUUCUUCUAGAAAUUGAUUAUUAUAGACUGUAUCUUGAAAAGAAUUGCGACCUAUUGAUAAAAAACGAUGUAUCUAUCCUUUAUUCUCAUAUUGAUUUUGAAGAUAAUCUUAAAAAUAAAUCUUUUAUGCCUUUGUACGUAGAGGUUGUGAAUUUUCUACUAAUUCUUCUGUUCAUUACGAAAAAAAAGAAUAAUAAUGUAUCCAGGAAUAAUGCAAGCACAUGA